UCAUAGAGAUAAGUUGUUAAGAUGGUAUCGAAGAGGAGUGGCUUGGUCUUAGCCAUAGGCUUUAACUUGUUCAUAGCCUUGUCCGAGGCAUCUCUUUUGGCGCGGCAACGCAGCCAGCAGGAGCUUGACUCCAAGUACAAUUGGUGGCAGCAUGAGGUGUUCUAUCAGAUUUAUCCUCGCUCCUUUAUGGACAGCAAUGGCGAUGGUAUUGGCGAUUUGAAGGGUGUGACCUCGAAGUUGCAACACUUUGUGGAAACUGGCAUUACAGCCGUGUGGCUGAGUCCGAUUUUCCAAUCGCCGAUGAAGGACUUCGGCUAUGAUAUAUCUGACUAUAGCAAGAUCCAGCCCGAAUAUGGUACAUUUGAGGACUUUGACGAGUUGAUUGCGAAUGCCACCGCGGCGGGAAUUAAGGUCAUUCUGGACUUUGUGCCGAAUCAUAGCUCGGACGAGCACGAAUGGUUCAUCAAGUCGGCAGCGCGUGAGUCGGGAUAUGAGGACUUUUAUGUCUGGGAAGAUGGCAAGGUGUUGGAGAAUGGCACACGCGUACCUCCAAAUAACUGGCGUUCUGUAUUCACGGGCUCUGCCUGGGAGUGGCACGAGGGUCGGCAACAGUACUACCUGCGCCAGUUUACCGCUGGACAGCCCGAUCUGAACUAUCGCAAUCCGGCCGUGCUGCAAGCCAUGGACGAGGUGAUGAUCUACUGGUUGAACAAGGGUGUGGCUGGAUUCCGCAUCGAUGCGAUCAACUAUGUCUACGAGAAUACACAACUACUCGAUGAACCGUUGAGUGAAACCACCGAUGAUCCAAAUUCGUACGACUAUUUGGAUCACAUAUAUACCAAGAAUCUGCCCGAAGUGAACGAAUUGCUACAGCAUUGGCGUGUAAUGCUGGAUGACUAUUCCAAAAAUAAUGAUGGACCUCAGCGCAUUAUGAUGACCGAGGGCUAUGCUGACGUAAACACUGUGAUGAACUACUAUGAGGAUGAGAAUGGCACUCAGGGCGUUCAGUUCCCCUUCAACUUUGACUUCAUUAGCAGUCUUAACAAUAAUUCCGAUGCCCGUGAUUUUGUCUACAUCAUUGAGAGAUGGCUGAUCUACAUGCCACAUGGACAUGCCCCCAAUUGGGUAAUGGGAAAUCAUGACAAUCCUCGAGUGGCGUCGCGCUAUGGUGUCCAGACGGUGGAUUCCAUGAACAUGUUGUUGAUGACACUGCCAGGCAUCGCAAUCACCUAUUAUGGUGAGGAGCUCGGCAUGGUGGACUAUCGCGACAUUAGCUUUGCCGAUACAGUGGAUCAGCCUGCUUGCGAUGUUGGAAUUGCUAACUACAAGUGGAUGUCACGUGAUCCCGAGCGCACACCCAUGCAAUGGAACAACGAUACCAACGCUGGCUUCUCCACAGCCUCCAAGACUUGGGUGCCCGUCAAUCCCAACUACUUGCAGUUGAAUGCGGAGGCUCAAAAGCAGGCUCCUCGCAGCCACCUGAAGGUCUAUCAGCAAUUGAUUAAAUUGCGUCAGCUGGAGGUGUUGCAGAAUGGUGCUUUCAUAGCUCAGGCCUAUAAUCGUGAGGUCGAACUCAAGGGAAAAAGAUCGAUUCUGACCAUCAUCAAUGUGAGCAAUAGCCAACAGCAGAUCGAUGUUUCCGAUUUCGCUGAAUCGUCUAAACAUUUGGUGUUGCUCGUUGUGGGUGUGGACUCGCAAUACAAGGUGGGCCAAAGGCUCAAGCCAUCGGAGAUUGUGCUGGCGCCCUACGAAGGUCUGGUGACCCGUCUAAGCCUCAGGGAAAAAUAAAUUCUUACGAAUAUUAUAUACCCACCCGCACGUACAUAUAUAAACAUAUAAUGUGAAUUGAAUAAAAAGUUUGAGCAUAAAAAA